AUGGCUAAACGAUGCUCACAACCAUCCUCUGCAUCAUCAUCAUCAGUAACAGCAACUGGUGUAUCAUCAAUGAUGACAAUAAGUCCACGACAACAUUUUACUGGUCAACAAUCAUCACGUCACUUAAAUAGUCAAACGGAAAAAUUAGAAGAGACUGUUUCACGAACUGCUCGUAUACCACCUCCUAAAUUAUUGCCUUCUACAGUACGUCGUGCUGAUAGUUUUACCACCAAUGCUCAAUUACCUAUUCAGAUGCUACCUUCAUAUACUUAUUCAAUGCCUCGUUCAUUGACCCAACGACCUGUGCCUCUACAAUCUUUUCCUGGACCAUCAACUGCUCCUGACUACCUCCCGGCAUCAUCAAGUUAUGGUGCUUUUCCGGGAAGUUUUGGUCUUUCACAAUUUCAUGUACCAUCAUCUGGUACAUCUCGUCCACUGCCUAUCAAUCAACGUUCACUCAGUGAUGUAGCUGGUUAUGCUAUGCAUCAUUCUCUUUGUUCACCAUCAGGAGCUAUGGAUCCGAGGUAUAUGUUACGUGGUCAAUCAGCUUGGCAUCCAAUUGAUUCAUCAAUUCGUAGUAAUUCAUUACCACGUCGACGGGCUAUAUCUGGUACUGCACCACGAAGUGUUAAAUGGCGAAAUGAUGUUAUCGAUGGCGCAAAUGCUCGAAUGCGUUUUGGUAGUAGCAAUGUUAGUGGACAAUAUGGUCGAACAAUUGAUGAUAUCUUUUCGGCGCAAGAAUAUCGUAAUUGGGCAUGUUUUGAUACGGGAAUUAGACCGGAGGAACGACAAUCAAGAUGGUCACAUACAUACGGUGAAAAACCUGGUGCAUCAAUUCGUAGCUCAUCACUUCCAUCAAGGGCUAUGUUAACUGCUACAAAUAGAUUUUCGCUUGGUCAUGAACGUGGUGAUGUAUUAGAUCGAUUACAUGUAUCACCAUUAAUGAAUAGACGGGUACCAUUAAGGAUAGCUGGACCAGGAUUUGAUGUUGAUACUCCAUUAGAUGUUACUUCACUUACAGGAAUUCUUAUUGUACAGAUUAUCGAAGGACGAGGAUUAAGAAUGCCAGAAAAGCAAAAAGCAUUUACGGAAGAAAUGUAUUGUGUAUUGGAAGUAAAUGAAACACAUCGUGCAAGGACAGGUGUUUCAACAGCUGAGCAAAAAUUUCGAUGGCGUGAAACAUUUGAAAUUGAUGUACAACAUGCUACACAUACAAAUUUUUUCGUGUAUUCUUGGCAUCCACGAUAUAGGCAUAAAUUAUGUCAUAAAGGAUCAUUGAAGCUAUUGGAAGCAUUUGUAGUGGAUCGUUUGAAUGGAAAUAGAAUGUUUGCAUUAAAUUUGGAACCAAAAGGUCAAUUAAUUGUUAAAAUUGCUUUUCAUAGUGUUGCUGUAGCAUUUCGACGAAUUGUUAAUUGCAGGUAUGAUGGAUUAUUUGGAAUACCUUUGCAACGAUUAGUUGCAAGAGAAGGACGUGAAACACCUCUGGUACUUUCACGUCUUUUACAAGAAAUUGAACAUCGUGGUGUUGAUUAUUCUGGUCUUUAUAUACUAUGUGGAUCACUGGAGAAGAAACGUAUGUUACGUGAAGAGUUGGAAAUAAAUGUGGAACGAGCACGAUUAAACGUGGAAGCAGUUCCAGAUACUAAUGUAUUAGCAUGUUUGGUGAAGGAUUUUUUACGUGAGUUACCGGAGCCCUUAAUAUCAACAUCAAUUUAUAACAUGAUUGUGGAAGCAUUUUCCGUUGCAUUACCUAAUGAUCCACGGGGGAAUCGUCGUUUGUUACUUAGAGUUAUCGAUUGUUUACCUGCAGCAAAUAAGAAUACAUUGAUACAAAUAAUGGAUCAUUUAAAAAUGGUGAUGAGUUCGGAACAACAUAAUGGUAUCACUGCUGCACGUUUAACGGAUAUCUUUGGUUGUUUACUUUUCUGUUCAUGUAAUGGAACAAUGGAAAAUAGUAGUACUGAAGAUAGUAGUGGUAUUUAUCAAUCAAAAACUAUUAUCAAUCCAUUAGAUACAGAUCAAGCAGCUCGAACACUUCGUUCAUUAAUUGAUAUAUGGCCAAGUCGAGUUAAUGGCAGCGAAAGUAGUAGUUCCGGUUCAGUCAGCAAUAGUACAGAUGUGACAAAUACGAUAAAUCCGGUAUCAGAAUCUCAAUGUUGA